GUGGGGAGCGCCGGGAGGGACAUGCCCGGGGGUCCCGCCUGGCGCGGGGGCUCCCCGGUCUCCUCCGAUCUCACCGCGCCCUUCACUGCUGCAGGGAACCAGGAGCGCGGCUGGAACGACCCCCCCCAAUUCUCGUACGGGCUGCAGGCGCAAGCCGGGGGCUCCCGCCGGACCCCGCUCACCCGCCGGGCCCCCGCCCCGCCCGCGGGGGCACCCCCAGGUGCCUCCCCGGACCCACCCAGUGCCCCCGCAGACCCCGCAGCGCCGCCGCCCCGGGCGCCGGGGCCCCCGCGGGCCGAGGGCCGGCCGAGCGCGGCGCGCCCGGAGCAGGAGGAGUGCAGCGUGUCCGCCGACACCGUCCUCGCCCCGCUGCGGGCAGCCCUGGACUCCUGCCGGGACACGGUGCAGAAACAAGUGUGCAAUGACAUCGGGCGGCGGCUGACAGUGCUGGAGGACGCGUGGGCUCAGGGGAAGCUGUCGGCACCAGUGAGGAAGAGGAUGAGCCUCCUGGUGCAAGAGCUUCAGCAGCAGCACUGGGAUGCAGCUGAUGAGAUCCACCGCUCGCUUAUGGUGGACCACGUGAACGAGGUGAGCCAGUGGAUGGUGGGCGUGAAGCGCCUCAUCGCUGAGACGCGGGACCUGCCCACCGGAGAGGCGGACGGCAGCGCUGACACCGAGCCCGCGAGUGAGCCCGCGAGUGAGCCAGAGCAGGAGGAGCCCUGACACCAGGCUCACCACUGUGAGCGGGCAGCCCCCGCCCAGGGCCACCGGCAAGAACAGGGCCCCUGCUGCUGGGGCACCCCCUCUGCCUCCCAAUCCUCAUCCAGGAAAAGGGGAUUUUAAUCAUUGCGACAUUUUAGUGGCGAUUCAUUAUGUUUAAUAAACAGCACCAACCUGA